AUGAACGACAUGUUGCCGCCGCCGAUGACUCCGGCCGCCUCAGACUGGGGUCGCCGGCGGACCAACGGGGGCAACAAGGCCUUUCACAAUUUUGCAAACGACUACUCUCAUAUAUCCGAUCCCAACUUACGGAGAAGAUUAGCACUGAGCGAGAUCGAUAAGGUCCCUUUCGGCUUAUACCAUGUAAGAGCCAUUCUCGUUGCCGGCGUUGGUUUCUUCCUCGACUCGUACGACAUCUUCGCCAUCAACCUGAUCACCACCCUGCUCGGCGUCGUGUUCUGGCAAGGCCCCCCUAACCAGAACGUUCAUGGUUACGGCGGCAACAACGGCGAGUUGCCGAGCUCCGUCAACUCGGCCCUGAAAGCUUCCACCAGCGGCGGCAUCAUCAUCGGCCAAGUUGUUUUCGGCUGGUUGGCCGAUGUCUUUGGCAGACGGAGGAUGUAUGGCGUGGAACUCGGAAUCAUCAUCUUGGCCACCCUGAGCGCCGCCCUCGUGUCACCAAGCCAGUCCGUCAGCUUCACCGGACUAAUGAUAUUCUGGAGGGUUAUCAUGGGUGUUGGCAUCGGAGGUGACUAUCCGCUCAGUUCCGUCAUAACUUCAGAGUUCGCCCCCACGCGUUGGAGAGGAGCCAUGAUUGCGGCCGUUUUCUCCAUGCAGGGCAUGGGCCAGCUCGGCGCUGCCGUCGUUGCGUUGGUGACCGCCGAAGCCUUCAAGGACUCGUACCUGGACGUGCACACUCUCAGUGACUGCCACGAUCGAUGCCAACUAGCCGCUGACCGCUCAUGGCGCAUCAUCGUCGGCAUGGGCGCAGUACCUGCCUGCAUAGCCUUGUACUACCGGAUCACCAUUCCCGAAACGCCUCGAUACACCUUCGACGUCGAACAAGAUGUCGAAAAGGCCGACGCAGAUAUCCGUGCCUACAUGUCGAGCAAGUCAAAGGGAGACUUUGAUCCGGAGGUGCAAGCGAGGAUGAAAAAGGAAACCGGUCUCGCCUACAACACGCCGGCCGCGUCCUGGCCUGACGCGUGGGCCUACUUCUCUCAAUGGAAGCACUUCAAGAUGCUGAUGGGCACUGCUUUGUCGUGGUUUUUUCUGGAUUUGGCAUUCUACGGUUUGGGAUUGAACAGUACAGUUGUACUACAAACCAUUGGUUUCGCUGACGGCGACAACUUUUACGAAAGGCUACACAACCAAGCCAUUGGCCUGAUCAUUUUGGCAUGCGCUGGCGCCAUCCCGGGGUAUUGGACAUCGGUUUUCACAAUCGAUACCAUCGGCCGAAAGCCCAUCCAAAUCAUGGGCUUCUUCAUCUUGACUGUCAUUUUCUGCAUCCUUGGCUUCAUGCUUCACCAGCUCUCGGACGCCGUUUUCAUCACCAUCUACGUAAUCGGCCAGUUCUUUUUCAACUUCGGCCCAAAUACCACCACCUUCAUCGUCCCCGGCGAGUGCUUCCCGACGCGGUACCGAUCUACAGGGCACGGAAUCUCAGCGGCGAUGGGCAAGGUCGGUGCCAUCCUAGCACAAGUCAUCAGCAUCCCUCUGCUGGCCAAGGACGUGCCGGGUGACUGCCACGGCGACCACUGUGCGCCAUGGCUCGAUCGCCUCCUGGAACUGUUCGCCCUCUUCAUGUUCCUGGGCAUGCUAUCUUCUUUACUCAUCCCGGAGACAAAAGGCAUGACGCUGGAGGAACUGGCUGGCGAGACCCCGACCUCAUACAACCGCGGCCGUAAUGGUAGCAUAUCGCACUACCCCCGUCAAGGCUCGAAAUGGAACCCGUUUUCCGGGGGCCGUCCAGCGGGAUUCCACUACCCGCGCUCAAGCAGCAUCAAUACCGCCCGGGUCGGCAUCAUGUCGUCCCCCGUCUUGCUGGCCGAGGAGGAGCGUUGGAGAAGGGGUCAGUCGCGGAGCUGGCGGAAGAGGAGGAAAGAACGAGGCGCGAACAGCAGCACGGCCGGCACGGAUGAAUACGCCAUGAGCAUCCGCAACAGCGGCGUCUCCUCGGCGCACGGUCGGAACAUGGGCGCCGUUGACGAGCAGAUGCCACCGGAGCCGGUGGCGCCCGGCGUCUUCCCGACAUGGGGGGCUGGGUGGGGCCGGGUGGAUCGCGGCGCGCAGCCGAUGGAAAACGUGAAGCUGCACGAUGUGGGGAGUCUACUGCGGAGGGACUCCCAUAGGGACUCCCGGCCUUGA